CCCCCCGCCCCCCAGCCCUCCCCUGCUGUUGCCCUCCUCAACUACCGACCUUGACAAUCGCCUGGUCGACGCCAUGUGAAUGGUUGGAAGAUUGCAUAUUUUUGAGCGGUUGUUGGCUAAUGCAUGCUAAUGCCUCGCUCGAUUGAGGCAUUACCAUAUCAGACCACGUGGGCAGAGCCGGCGAGGCGUGGAGGCAUUUGGCCAGCAGCUGUCAACGAAAGCCGAGCGAGCAUCCCAUCUUCUGUCCCUUCUGUUGUGAGCGACGCUGGGACACAUAGACGAUGACGAGCGAUACACGACCAGUCCCACGAGAUGGUCGUUUGAUAUCUCUCAUAUUGGCUUCAAAAGGAAUCGAGGAUGCCGACGAGCGGGUCAUACACCAGAUGCUGGACUUUGCCCAUCGUGAGCAGAAUGGAUGCUACACAGCAGAUGUCUUGCAGUCGGCUCAAUCCUUGGCUGAUCAUGCUGGACGUGCUGGACCAUCCCGCAUAGAAAAGGAGGAUGUAGAGCUAGCCAUUCAAUUUCGUAAACGUUACGAAUUCUUCGAACCACCACCCCGAGAUUAUCUGGCCAGUCUGGCGCAUGAUUUGAAUUCGCAGCCGCUUCCUAUACUUCCAGAAACAUUCGACGUGUUGCGUCUACCCCCACCUCAUCAGCGACUCGGAGAGGUAGAUUUCAAUAUCGUCCCGAACGAAGAGUUGACACUGGAGUCGGAGGAUGAAGGAGACGAUGACAGCAGUGACAGUGAAGAUCAGGAGGAAGAUGCAGUCAAGACGGAAGAUGGUGUCAACGGGGAAAGGGCAUCGGCCAAUCCGGAAGCUGAUCCAGAUGACGGGGACGACGACAUGGAGGAAGUCGGCGUCUCAGAUCAGGCUCCCGCUCAGAGCAGACAGGUAGAAGAAGACUAUGACGAAUGACAAUGCGGAUGAUCUAUCAUGCAAAUGUUGUUGUAUAGUAUGCUGAGGUCCCCCGGACCAUUGUCAGAUAACGCCGUUGCCGACCAUCAUCCUUCCCGGUCACUCCGAGUAGGUGUAGAAAAUUCGUCAGCUUGGACCUGAUAGUCGACUGUGAGUCGACAGAGCAUCUUGCUGAGCAUGUGCGAGCUCCGCAUAGCUAGUUUACUUCAGUAUCGUUCGA